AUGCUCAAGGAAGUGACGUGUGGCGGAGAUACGGAAGUGCGCGUCCGCCAUCUUGUUUUUCCCAUCCUUCAGCGGGGUGCAGAAUGUUCCAAGGCCCUCGGUGAAGCUACAGCGCCAAGAUGUGAGAACCCCGGGUCCCUGAGUUACCAUGUGGAAGAAAGCCACCAGCUAAUCAGGACCAUUCACACCGGGCUUAUUUAUAUGCAAGAAAUAAGUUUAUUGUAUGCGACAUCACUGAACCCUUCGGGGUUCACUGGUUGUAACAGCGAGAGCGACCCUAACUAA